AGGAACCAUAGGAUGACAACAGCUCAUAUCAGAGUCCAGUCCAGUCCGGCCGGGGUGUCCUGUACCAUUCAGUCAGUCAGAAGACUGUUCCCGUCUUAGUUUCCUCAUGGCUUCUACGGAGAAGGACCCCAGAACUCCUUUUGAUCUGGACUCCUACCACGUUUCUGAAGAAUUUGGCUUCAUCCUUCCUGACCCUCUGGAAGAGCUCCCGUCCUACUACCAGCCGUGGAUGGAGAUCGCUCUGCGCAUCCCUGAGUUUGUACGCAGUCAUGACUUGCGCUCCCAUGUUGACAAGAUGCCGCUGCUGAGCACAACGUUUCUGCAGAAACACAAAGAGCUGCGACUCGCCCACCUGGCCCUCAGCAUGGUGACCAUGGGCUACAUCUGGCAGGAGGGAGAAAAUAACACUGUUGAGAUUCUGCCCAGCAACCUAGCAGUCCCUUUGUGGGAGGUGUCACAGCGCUUAGGACUUCCCCCAAUCCUCACUCAUGCAGAUGCAGCGCUGGCUAACUGGAGGAAGAAAGAUCCAGAGGGGCCUCUUGAUAUGGAAAAUCUGGAGUUGCUGAUCCGCCUCCCAGGUGGAGAAAGUGGGCGGGGCUUCUUCUUGGUCACUCUGCUGGUCGAGCUUGCAGCAGUUCCAGCAAUACGAAGCAUUCCCCAUGUCAUCAACGGAGUCAGGAGUGGUGACACCGAGGCUGUGGUCAGAGCGUUAGAGGACAUCAGCCAGUCCAUACAGGAAAUGACCGAUGCACUUAAAUUAAUGCAAGAGUAUGUGGAACCUUCUGUCUUCUAUGGCAUCAUGAGGAUCUAUCUGUCAGGGUGGAAGGACAACCCUUGCAUGCCAAAGGGGCUCGUUUAUGAAGGUGUUCAGUCAGAGCCCAUGGAGUUUUCUGGAGGAAGCGCUGCACAAAGCAGCAUUCUGCAUUGCUUUGAUGAACUCCUGGGAGUCAAGCAUGAAGACAAAAGCAGUUCCUUCCUAACACGCAUGAGGAACUACAUGCCGCCCAGUCAUAGGCAGCUGAUCCAGGAUAUUUCUUUGCAACCGUCCCUGAGGAGUUUUGUCCAGCAGCAGACCGAUGAGCAGCUGAACCAGGCCUUUGACUUCUGCGUCUCAAAACUAUUGGCUUUGCGCAGCUACCACAUCAGCGUAGUCAGCCGUUUCAUCACUGUCCCCGCUGCCCGAGCUCGACAGCUCCGUAGCCAAAGCCAGGCCUCUGACGGGGAGAUGAUCGUCAAAGCCCCCACAUGCCUGGAGGAGAGGGGCACCGGUGGCUCUGGCAUCAUGGUCUUCCUAAAAACUGUGAGGGACAAAACAAAAGAUGCUCUUCUGCCUGAGACAAGCAAAAAGAUAAAAAACCACAGUUGAUGUGAGUUUUCAUCCAAAGGGAACCACAGAUUAAACUAAAUCAGUGCUUUGGACUAAAUAUUUUUAUGUAAAUAAAAGGAUUACUUUUGACAGAAUAA